GACGAAGAAUCGUCCGCUUUUGGCAAUUGAGUGCCAAAAGCUGGUUACGGCUGGACAGAUUUCUGUUCAGCUGUGGCCAGUAAUUCAGAGCUGGCCACAGCUGAACAGAAAUUCAACGUCAAUCGAGUGUACCAUGCUGGCGCCAGUGACCGAAGUGAUUAUUUACAACGAUAUACUCAUACGAUCGAUGCCUCCGAAACUAACGAUUACUGGUAUUCCAGCCAGGUUCCAGUCUAUCUGGCGACCAGAUUCAACUCUAAAUAGGGGAGAAGAAGCCCCUAUUCAGACAUCUACUAUAGCCAGUGGCUUUUCCUCUGGCGAAGAUGAUACCAAUGACGACGAUACCAACGACGACGAUACCAACGACAACAAUACCAAUGACAACGAUACCAACGACAACGAUACCAACGACAACGAUAAUACCGAGCCGCCACCUCUACAAACACCAAUUACACUGUCGAAUAUACAAGGAAGACCGCAGAAGCGGAAAAGGAGUCAAGAAGAGGAGGAUAUACUACAAGGGAAAGGAAAGACUCGGGCUUUAAGCCCUAACGAGUAUAUUAUACUGUUAAAAAUCUGCCUCUGGAUAGCAGACACAUAUCGAACGGCAGAGGCAGCAACGUUCUUUAAGAAUGUUACCUCACAAGGAGAGCGAGCGAUUAAACGCUUGCUCUUCGGGUGAUAAGUAGCGACGACCCCUUGUAUGAGUAAAGGGGCUCAUAAUACCAGUUGUACACUGAUAUGCUAGAUCACCAUAUAGGAAGAGCCAUUCAGACUCUUCCUUACCGUCCUAAUCUGCUCAAGUCUAGCUUCACAGCCAGACUCUUGCCACAUCAUCCAAUCGUUUGUGGUUCUAAGAAACGGACUGCAAAUAGAUGACGCAAGGCCAUCUAGCGUUACAACAGCUUGCUAUUGCUGGCCGUGCUAACGCUUAUGGCCAUUGUAUACUGCACGCUAGGCUUCGUUAGGGCCAGAAGGACGUGAGAAUCCUUGAAAUGUGCCAUCUACGAAGCCCCAUAUGCGAGGGCAUUGACCGAUAGCCUCUACAGCUACGGAAAAUGCUUGCAUCUUAUCGUACAAUAGAUGCGGCGCCCAAGCAAGACUUGUGCCAAACUGGCCGAGUAAGUGAUAUGCCAAACGGGUAAGCACAACGCAAAGAGCAGUUUCUGGGUGUGCUGUAACCCGGUGACGAUAUAUAAUAUCCUCAAGUUGAAGGAGGGGUAAGAGCCGCCGGAUCUCUUCAAUUAAGAAGCUAUAUAGAUUAGUAUAGUACAUAAUACAAGGGGC